UUCAGAGCUGGAAGUUCUCCCAGUGUGUGUCCAUGACAAGCUGGGACACCCAAGAACAGUGCAGACCCGUCGGAUCACGUUGACAUCACAGUCACAGUGAGACACUGCCACACUUCAUCACGAUGCCUGGGUGGACCCUCAGCCCCACAGGCACCCGUGGAACCACUGCAGGUUUGUGAAGGCUGACUGCGGACACACUUUUAUCCCAUCCGGACCAGCUAAAAUGCCAAACUCUGAUGCAGACAAGAAGCUACUCCACAAGCUGGGCUUCACGCUGGGUGAGACCUUAGGAGAGGGUACGUUCUCCAUGGUGAGGGCGGCCACCUCCACCAACUACACGGUCCCCCUAGCUAUCAAGAGGGUGGACAAGCGAAGGGCCUCCCCAGAAUUCGUGCAGAAGUUUCUGCCCCGGGAGCUCUCCAUCCUGCGUGAGCUCGAUCAUCCCAACAUCGUGCUCAUCUUUGAGAUCUUUGAGCUGACCAACAGUACGGUCUACAUUGUGAUGGAGGCGGCAGCCAUCAACCUGCAGCAGCGGCUGCAGCAGCUGGGCAAGCUGCCCUGCAUCCCCGACGCCCGGGACAUCUUUGUGCAGAUUGUGGGAGCCGUGCACUACCUCCACGACCGCAACAUCGUGCAUCGUGACCUCAAGUGUGAGAACAUACUGCUCAGCGCUGAUGGCCGCCGGGCCAAGAUUGCUGACUUUAGCUUCAGCAAGGAAAUGAGCAGCUACCCAGAACUGAGCACCACCUUCUGCGGAACAGAAGCCUACGUGGCCCCGGAGAUGUGGCUGCAUUACGCCCAUGAUGCCAAGAAGUUGGACGUCUGGAGCCUGGGGGUGGUCCUUUUUGCCAUGGUGACUGGCUGCUUGCCCUUCCACGGCUGCCUCUGCAACGUGAUCCAGCAUCAGAAGGAUGGGGUCCUGCACCUGAGGGGGGUGUCCGUGCUGCCAGAGCCCUGCCAGGCCCUCAUUGUCCAGCUGCUGCAGUUCUUACCAUGCUCCCGGCCCAGCGUGGAGCAGGUGGCCAGCAACAGCUGGCUGAAGGGGGAUGUCUAAGGGGAAUCCUUCCCAGAGAAUG